CCAAGUGUCGAUGGAGGCGCUGGUCGGGGAGACCAUCUAUCUGCCGUGCAACAUCAGCACCCACGAGCCCGGGGACAGCGUCGUGCUGGUGCUCUGGUACCGCGAAGAUAAGGGAUCGCCCAUCUACAGCGCCGACACCCGCGGCCGGGACGUGACGUCCGCCAAGCGGUGGUCCGACGAGACCGUAUUCGGCCAGCGGGCGUACUUCCUGUUCGACAAGCAGCCCGGCGAGCUGGCCGUCCAGAACGCCCGCGAACCGGACAGCGGCGUGUACCGGUGCCGGGUGGAUUUUAUCGUAGCCCAAACUAGGAAUAGCAUCGUAAAUUUAACAAUAAUUGGUAAGUGAUUUGAUUCCGCGGGAUUGUCGGUCGGUGAUUCCGGUGAAAAGCAUUGCUGCUGCUGCUGAGUUGACACGUGGGCACGUGCCAUCAGAGAUUCGAAAAAAACAAAACUGCUCUGAUGAUUGCAUACUCGAUAGGCGUAACACAAAUUCGCCAACAGAUGGCGGUAGCAUCGAUGGCACGAUUUUACACCGCUCAACGUCCGUUUGUCUGUGCAACCAUAAGUAAAACAACGCGUACUUCCGCACACGUGGUCCACACGUACGUCCACACAACUACAAACACGGCCUUUUGCACAAACAUCGCGUUUUGCUGUGCGCGUUCAGGUGAGCGGAAGGAGCCGAUAGCUUUUCGCGGAACAAUCACUUUGUGGGAAAGAUAAAUGCGUCCGCUGGCCAACGGUUCGGUAGUGCCAGUGACGCUUUAUUAGAGAGGUACGAUUGUUGGAACUGACCAAGCAGAAACAGCAGAACCCAGCGGGGUUUACAUUCCAGGAACGUUGACACACACACAAACGCAUGAGUUAUUGAAACAAUAUAGAUGAAAUGCACGCGAUUUGGAGGAAACACCAGCUAGUGGCUGGCCUAACGUGGCCUCACCCUGGACCUGGACCUGGUGUCAUUAGUCAUAGGCCGGAAUGGGUUCCCAGGGGGCCCAGGUUAAGGGUAAAUAAUGUGGUGGCGUGUGCGCUUUGGUGCGUAAUUAAGGGGAAAUAAUUUGUACGAGGUGAAUCGCAUAUGUCGUCCGAAAUGGUUUGGAAAAUUGUGAUUUGUGUGGUUUUGAAUCGCUUACAGUGGAUGGCUAAAGGUUAAGCAGUAAGGUGGUCGAUUGGAUCGUUGAUUACAGGGAAACAUUGUAGGGAAAUACCUAAAAAAGUGAAAAUAGUAAAAAACUCAGCUGAAAAGUUCAUGCUGUUGAAUAUAUUUGAAAUUUUUACUGACUUUAACACCUAAACUCCCAUGCUCGAGGAAAAGGUGGAACUCCAACUUUGAACAGCUAUAUCUCGGCUCCCCGUGGACGGAUUUCUAAACAGCAAAAGAUGCGGACAGAUCUCUAGAUAUUGUUGCUUUUUUGAAAAAUCAAAAAUAGAGGCAUUUACCCUAAGUUAUUCCCGAAACCAUAUGAGCAACUUUUUUUCAGCCCUCUUUUUACUAUAUGUUUUACAUGCAGUUAUAAAAAUUCAAUGAUAAUCUAUGUCAAAUCCAUGCCAGAAUGAUAGUUAAUGCUCAUUUAUUAUACUCAAGACCAUUUUUGGUCCAAUGUGACCACUUUGGAACCGGUCCCAGGUACUCCGGUGAAACCCGGAUUACGCUCUAUUGUGGAGCAUUUUCGGGAAUAUUUUGGUGAAGGCAAUAUGCAUAUCACAGUUCAUAAUUUUCAAAAUCAAGCUCAUUGGUGAUUCCCAAGUCCAUUUUUGGACCAAUCUGGCCACUUUGGGACCGAUUCCCGGUACUCCAGUGAAACCCGGAUUAUGGCAAAUUACGGGAUUAUUGCAAUUUUAAGAUCAAUUUUUGAUCAGCCAAUUUGAGUGUAAAAGUUCAUCAUAUCAUAUGUUAUAUAUUUGAAUUUACCAAAAAAAACUUUGAAAAAUAUUUGCAACGGCUUAAAUUGUUUAAAUUAAAAAUCAAGAUUUUUUUCAAGCACUGUUCCUGAUGAAAAAAUCUAAAAUUUCCCAACAAAAAAUACAGUAAAAAAAAUAAUUAUUCAGAAAACAUAAAUAAAUAAAAAAGUUUAUAUAUUUUUUAAUUGACCAAAACAGCGAGUGCUACCGAAGCUCUGGAUGGGGUGCGCCACCUCAGUCAAUCCCCUGCUGCAGCGGUUGUCCCCUUGAGCUGUGAUAUUAGAAUAAGUAAUGCCUCCUUUCCUCUAACUAUCCCACAUCUUUUAGCUAUUUCGAAGGUUAUUUUUGCAUUUUUUUCCCUUCUCUGUCCAAUUCGUUCUCCUUAGUACCAGUAAACUCUCUCCCCAUUUUGAACAAAUCAGCUGUUGAAAGGUAGUCCAUAUCUCAGCUCAGGAUAACAACUGCACCAAUGUAAUUGUUAAAGCAACGUAAUAAAAUGAAAUGAAAUGAAAUGAAUUGACCAACAUAUUUUUUCUUUGAGGCCUGCCAACGCUCGGAUGAAAUAAAAAACUCAUAAAAUUACUGAACCAAGAAUAUAAGCUUUUGGAAAAAAAUAUGUAAAAAUAAUAAUAAAGUUUAAAAAAUAUUUCAAUAAAUCCUUUUCCUUUAAAAACUUCUUUUUGAAAGUAAUGUUCAAAAAAAUGAAACAACUAAAAUAAGCGAAACAAAAAUAUAUACAAUUGGAAGAUUAUAAAAAAAUCUCAUAACUAUUUAAUAAAAUGUUCAUGAUUCAAAUAAUGAAAACAAAUUAUACAGGAACAAGAAUAAUUAAUUUUGAAAGAACAAAAAAAAUCGUUGAAAUUUGUUUGAGUUUGGUCUUUUUUUUGUACAACUUUUUCUCAUACAACAUUUUGAAGAACUUAGAUUUUUAUCACAGAGAAAAAUUCAACAACAUGUAAUUGAAGCAAUUUUUUUAACAACAUUUUGAAUAAUGAUCAACUUUCUAACUUUUUUUUUUCGCGUGUAAAAAAAAAAUCGCAAAAAAAUUCCGCGGAGGCAGUCUUUUAAAAAAGGUGGAACGAUGUUUUCGGUCACAGAAAUUAAUGAUUUGUUCAAAUCAAGUUCUGCAAAAUUUCAGGAUCAUCUAGACAUUUAUACAAAUCCCUGGAAACAAGAAUCGUCCCGAUUGGUUGAGCAAUGUCCGAAAACCAGCGAGUUGAAGUUACCGUUCCACCUUUUUUUGGGAGGCUUGGGCAUCCGUGUAAGUUGGACAUGCGUUGGGUGUUCCAGUGUUAAUGUAUUCUUAAAAUUGUAUUUAUAAAAAAAACAAUGAUAACAUUAUUUUAAGACCUUAUCUUGCUGGAAAGAAUGGAAAAAGUUACAAAAAACUGUUGUAACAAGAGUGAUUUGCUUUGAUUUUUUUAUAAAUAUGUUUGAAAUCAGUCUUUCAUUCAAUAACUUUAAAAACUGCUCAUGUAUGAAAGAAU